CGAAAUGGGAUUCAGGCAAUUCUCCUUCUGUUCCUGGUAAAAAGCUCUAGAAUCCUGCAGGCGCGGCUCAACAUCCAUGGUCAAUUCCGUCAUCCGUAGAGCGUCUUCAAAUAAAGCUCGUCAACAUCUAAUCUACCGCUCUUUUGUCUUGUUGACUUCUCUAGCCCAUUCAAUUGUGCAUCAUGAAGCUCGUCCUGGCUUUUUUCAGCGCUCUUUUGUGUAUUGACUCUGUUAUUGGGGGAAACCUACCUCACAAGCGGAAUGUUUUUAAUAAAGCCCGACCACAAGUCGAAAGAAGCCUCCCCAAUCACCGAUUCCGAAAUCCUGAGCUUCAGAAGAGAGCUUCACGAUGGCUCACAGACAAGACUCAGGAAUUUGCGGUGAAUGGUACAGGCAUUCCAGAAGUCCCGUUUGACAUUGGAGAGUCAUACGCUGGCCUCCUGCCAGUUUCAGAUGACCCCGAUGAGACUCGAAAGCUGUUUUUCUGGUUCUUUCCAUCCACCAACGCACUCGAACCAGAAGAGAUUGUUAUAUGGCUUAAUGGUGGCCCGGGAUGCUCUUCCCUCAGCGGUCUCCUAACGGAAAACGGUCCUUUUACCUGGGAAGCCGGGACCCUCGCACCUGUUCAAAAUCCCUACUCAUGGACCAACCUCACCAACAUGAUCUGGGUUGAGCAACCGGUGGGAGUAGGCUACAGCCAAGGUGUUCCCAACAUCACCAACGAAGUCGAGCUCGCGACUGAAUUUCGUGGCUUCUACAAGUCAUUCGUUGAUACUUUUGAUGUUCACAAUUGGGAUGUUUAUGUUACUGGAGAGAGUUACGCUGGAUAUUAUGUGCCGUAUAUUGCCGAUGGGUUUAUUCAGGCGAACGAUACCGAGUAUUUUAAUUUAGCUGGUAUCUCGAUCAACGACCCGAUUAUUGGGGAUGAGACAGUUCAGCAGCAAGUGGUUAUUCUUCCAUUCAUCGAAUACUGGCAACGCCUCACGUAUCUAAACGAUACUUUCAUGGAGCAGAUGCGCGAACGUCAGGCGUUCUGCAACUUUACUGACUACUACGAUACCUACUUUAAAUUUCCUCCACCACCAGGACCAUUCCCAGUCCCGCCGGACCCUUACAAUUCAGAGAACUAUACCUGCGACAUGUUCGACAACUUUUACAGCGCCCUGUUGGAGGUCAACCCAUGUUUCAACAUCUACCACAUUACCGAAACCUGCCCUCACCCCUUCUCUCAACUCGGCAUAAUCAACACAGGCGACUACCAAGCUCCAGGCGCACAAGUCUACUUCAACCGAACCGAUGUGCAAGAAGCGCUCCACGCCGUUGUCGGUACAAACUGGAUGCAAUGCACCGACAUCAACGUCUUCGGCGCGGGCAACAACACCGACCCAAGUCUCCAUGACACUUCUCUCGGUCCAGCCCAGGACGGUGUGCUACAGCGUGUCAUCGAAUACACAAACAACACGAUCGUCGGAUCAGGAGAUCUGGAUAUGAUCCUCACCACAAACGGCACCCUCCUCGCCCUACAGAACAUGACGUGGAACGGUGUCCAAGGCUUUCAGGCCUAUCCUUCAAACCUCCUGUAUGCGCCAUACCACCCCGAAUACAACCUGGGCGCACUAGCUGGCGCCGGGUACUUAGGGAAAUGGACGCACGAGCGCGGAUUGACCUUUUACACGUCGCAGCUCGCGGGUCAUGAGCUUCCGGGCUACACGCCUGGUGUGGCGUACAGGAUGUUGGAGAUAUUGUUGGGGAGGGUUAAGGAUUUUAGUAGUACGGAAGAUUUUACGACGCAGACAGGAAAUUUUACGGGGAAUGGGACGAUUUAUAAAAGGGGGUUGAGGGGUUGAGUAGACCAUGUGGUUGUGUGGUGGUCGAAGUGAGAAGGGGUGAGUACUGG